AUGUUCACCUGUGCAAGUUGUGGAGAGCAACAUACCGAUGGGCCAUCUUGUAGUGUUUGUAAACUGCAAUAUGACUUUUCAUGUUCCGGAGUGACAGAGGUCGGGUUUCGCAAACUUGGCGAAAGGAAGAACACCUGGCGAUGCCUUAAAUGUAAAUCAUGCCUGUCCCCGUCCCCUGCAUCAUCCUCGCCUAAGACAAGCCAACUUGAUAGAAUGCAGGAGCAACUCAAUAAUAUAGCACUGCAGCUUGAGCCACUGGCGCGUUUGAUGGAAGAUGUAAAAUAUAUCCGCGAAGAGCUAAAUAGCUUAAAGGACUCGCAAGAGAUGUUGCAUCAUCUUUUCAACUCGCUAUCAGGAAAAAUGGACAACUUGGAGUCUAGAGUGUUAAAAGUGGAAAAAAUUGCCCAGGACGUGCCUCUUCUGCAAGCUGAUGUUGCCAAAAUCUAUCAAGAGCUGGAAACUCGGGAUCAAUGGGCCAGAGCAAACAAUAUAGAAAUAAGAGGCAUACCGCAAAAGAAUAACGAAAACCUUUUUGAAAUUGCCAAAAAUAUAGGACAACUCUGCAAAUACCCCAUAAAGAAAGAGGAAAUAAAUUACAUCGCUCGAAUUCCUACUCGUUUACCUAACAGAGAAAAAUCAAUAAUUAUUUCAUUUCAUAACCGAUAUACGAAAGAAGAGUUAGUUGCUUUGGCUCGCAAAUCAAGUGAACUCAAUCUAUCUAACCUAGGUUUCAAUACUUCAAAAAAUUUUUAUUUAAACGAUCAUCUCACGCAACGUAAUAAAACUCUUCUGUCCAAAGCAAAAACAUUGGCUAAAGAAAGAAAUUUCAAAUAUAUAUGGGUUAAACACAGCAAAAUAAUGGGAAGAAAAUCUGAUACAUCACCAAUUUUUUUUAUACAGAACGAAAAAGACCUCUUAAAAAUAGACUAA